AUGCCACAAAAAGAUUACAGAAGCCAAACAAGCUGGGAGAGCGGCGUUGCCUCCAUGAUGCGAAACAGUCACAGUGGAGUGAACCAGCUUGGAGGCGUGUUUGUGAAUGGGAGGCCUUUGCCUGAUUCCACUAGACAGAAGAUAGUGGAGUUGGCCCACAGUGGAGCUCGUCCAUGUGACAUAUCCAGAAUUUUGCAGGUAUCUAAUGGCUGUGUGAGUAAGAUCUUGGGCCGGUAUUACGAGACUGGUUCAAUUCGUCCUCGGGCCAUCGGAGGAAGUAAACCCAGGGUGGCCACUCCAGAAGUUGUAGGCAAAAUUGCCUCGUACAAGAGAGAAUGUCCGUCUAUCUUUGCCUGGGAGAUACGAGACAGGCUCUUAGUGGAGGAAGCCUGCACUAACGACAAUAUACCAAGUGUUUCCUCAAUAAAUCGAGUACUCAGGAACCUGGCCAGUGACAAGCAGCAAGUAGUAAAUGAGGGGGUAUUUGAAAAGCUAAAAAUGCUCAACGGACAAGCCACUUGGGCGGGACGCAAUGGGUGGUACCCUGGGUCGUCACUCAGUAUCACAGAAAAUAUGUGUUUGCAAGCAGAAGGAGCGGAAAAAAACGUAUCAGCUAGUUCAAACAAUGAAGAUUCGGAGGAGACUCAAAUGAGGCUUCAGCUGAAGAGGAAACUGCAGAGAAACAGAACAUCAUUCACACAAGACCAAAUAGAAGCGCUUGAAAAAGAAUUUGAAAGAACUCACUAUCCAGAUGUGUUUGCCCGAGAACGUCUUGCCAACAAAAUAGACCUACCUGAAGCACGGAUACAGGUUUGGUUUUCCAACAGAAGAGCAAAGUGGAGAAGAGAAGAAAAGUUGAGAAAUCAACGCCGUCAGGUGUCCAACUCCUCCAACCAUGUUCCCAUUAGCAGCAGUUUUAACAGCAGUGUUUACCAAUCUCUACCCCAACCUACUACACCAGUGUCCUUCUCAUCAGGAUCUGUGUUGGGGAGGUCCGACUCAGUUCUGUCCUGCACCUACAGCUUACCGUCAAUGCCACACUUCAGUAUGACAGCUAGCCUGCCUAUGCAAGCAUCUUGUCAGACGUCUUACUCGUGCAUGCUGCCCGCCAGCACAGGUGUAAAUGGAAGAAAUUAUGAGACCUAUACUCCUCCACAUAUUCAACAGCAUAUGAACAACCAGCCAUUGACCUCCUCUGCCACUUCAACGGGUUUGAUUUCUCCAGGAGUCUCAGUUCCCGUCCAGGUUCCAGGCAAUGAAACAGACUUGUCACAGUAUUGGCCACGUCUGCAGUGAAGUGAUGUCAUCCACCAAAGCACUUGUUUCAAACUAAGUGCACAACACUCACUUUACAACUCAAUUGUGAAAAAGGACCUUUUAUUGAGAAUGCCUCUCAGGAUCAGAUUACACUAAGUAAGAGGCAAGUGAGACAGUAGGACCUAUUUUCGUGUGCUGUGCAACUCUAGACAAAGGUUAGGCUGCAACAUGUGAAAGGUCGUUAUGGUUGUUUUGGUGGACUUUGAAAGAAGGCAGGAUGACAAUUGUCCCCAUCCCUAAACCUAACCAAUUCAGAAUAUGUUUUUUCAUCCACUUAAAAAGAACAUUCUUGCCAUAGAGAUACAGUACAGUGGUACCUCUACAUAUGAAUUUAAUUCGUUCCAGGACCUGGUUUUUAAGUCAAAAUGGUCAUAUGUUGAUCGGGAUUUUCCCAUAAGAAUACAUUGUAAUUAGAUUAAUUUGUUCCGCAGCCCAAAACCCUACACUAUCCCCUUAAUAAAUACUGCAGACACAAUUUCAAAUAGCAAUUACACAUAGUAGAGCAAAUAAAUUAUAAAUAAAAAUCAGAAUACUCAUAAUAAUAUAUAAUAAUUUUACUGUCACCUUGUCGUGGUAUUUACAGAAUUCACCCGGGAGAACGUUUUUGGUUAGAGAAAAAGCUGGAGGUUGUUAGUUUUUACCCGUGUCCAUGCUGGUUGACUUGUGUGCAAUGUUGCCUCUAAUUUUUCAUGUGUCUGAGCAGACACACAAACUUCCAGAGCACACUGAAGACCACUGUGAGCAACAUCAGAUGUGUACGCUGUGGCCACACACCAGUAUCACGCCUGUUCAAAACCUUGGAUCAUAGCAAGUUGCAUGGCUUAUUAAAAUAAUGAGAUCACAGCAGCAAUUUUCAUUAGAUUACUUUUAAUAUAAUUGAUUUGGCCCACUUAAAAUGAAAGACAAAAACUGUUUAUGAGAUGCGUACUAUGUUAUAUGUGAGAGCCCUGUUUUAACCAUAGGAAAAGUUAAUAGUCAAAAAGUAAAAAAAAAAAAAAAAAAAAAACACUAUUACCUGACUUUGGCCGACAGCCGCUACAAACAGCGCCCAGUUGCAAGUUGUUACAAACAUAAGGCCACAUACGGCUACGUUAGAUAUCAAAUAUAUGUAGAACUAGAUGUAAAAUGACAGAUGACAGCGGCGUUAGAACAUGUAUUAGAGAACUAGAUGCAAAAUGACAGACUUGCCGUCGUUAGUAAACAGCCGCCAUCUUAAAGCAGCAGACUUCUCUAGAAGGCUCUGUUGUAGCGAACCUAUACUCCUAAAUCGGCAAAAAUUUAACUUGAAUCUAUCUUUAAAUGAUGAAACAGUUUUAAAACUUUGACAUGUCGAAAGUACACAGAAGGGAAAUUAUGAAUAACGGGAGCAAUUUUAACAACUUUACCGGUUGAUUCACAACAUUAAAUUAAUUGAAUGUAGUUUAAAGCUGCUGAUACAGAAUGGGGACUUGAGUAUUUUAUUUAUUGUUAUUAACUUUUAACUUGGUACUGAAAUACUAGUUUCGUUUAGCCUGAGAGGAUUUUUGAACAA